AUGCAGAAAAGGAAGGAGAGCUCUCCCACCUCCUCAAUCCGGAGCAGCAGCACGCUGGACAAUGCGUGGCACAGCAGCCCUUCUUCGAUAAAAACAUCCCGAAACGGGACACUAACAAGAAGGACCGUGCCCCCGGAGUACACCCGUUCCCCUUUGGCUCACCCGGACCGGACGUCGGCUGAGAGGAGGGCCAGCUUCCAGAGGAGAGACUCCAGAGAAGGGAGCCCCUGGCACUGGAAGACUCUGACGUCACGCGAGGUCACAGAGGUGACGGAGGUGACGGAGACGGUCGUGACCGAAAUUCUGGAAGUGACCGAGUAUCCGUCCGGAGAUAAAGGAGGGGACCCCAUUGUCACCAGAACCCUACUACAGCGCCUCCUAACAGAUCGAAGGCGUAGUAUGGACUCCAUGAUGUCAGAGGGCCCUCGAAUUGUUGAGGCCCACCCAGGAGAGGAUGGGGAGCAGGAAAAAGUCAAGCUCGCCACUCUCAAACAGAAGUGGGAGGCCUUGCAGCUUGGGGCAGAGAAAAGGAGAGCGAGUCUGGAGCUCAUUCUGCCCAGGGCCAAGGUCUUCCAGGAAGGAGUAGACAGCCUGCAGCAAUGGCUCAUAUCGGUGGAACAGGCGCUAGCUGAACUCCGCAAUGCAGAGAGAGUGAUGCUGCACGUCUCCGAGGCCACAGACAGGGCCAAGGCUGUUGUCAAAGAGAUUCAAGUCAAAACUGCUGAGCUAGUGAAAAUACAAAAGUCGGGACAUGUUCUGAUGGAAGCAAUUUCAGAGGAGGAAGCCCAGCAGGUGCAGGAGAAGAUGGAUGCUCUGCGUAUCCGCUGCUCUGUGCUGAGUCUAAGCAGUCUGGAUGUGCUGCAGCGGCUGGAGCAGGCCCUGGAGGCCUCCAGCCGCUUUACCUCCAGCCAGGAGGACCUCCACCUGUGGCUGGGCCGCAUCGAGAGGGAGCUGCUGGGGGCGGCAGGACCGCAGACACACGCUGGAGAUGCAGUACUGUGUGCCGCUGAGAGACAGAGGCUGGAACAGGCAGUGGUGAAGGAGAUGUCUUGGUUCAGAGACACAGCGCUGAGUCUUGAGAAGCUGAAAACCAUUCAUCUCUUUCCAGAGCUCAUAGCAGAACAACUCUAUGAGCAGAAGAUUUUGUCGGUGGAGAUCCUCCAACACAGGUUCAACAUCGAGAAGAUGGUGAAGAUCGCUGAAAUCCUGCUGACGUACAGCGAUGAAGGAGAAACAUGCGAUUUGCAGACCCCGCUGGACGCCUUACAGGAACAAUGCAACACCACCUCCGCCACCAAUUCCCACGUGGUCCUGCAGCUUGAGCACGCUCAAUCGCUUCUACUCCAGUUCUCCGAGGGCAUCGAUGAGGUUUCGCCCUGGCUCGAAGAAACUCAAACCCUAAUUGGCCAGCUUUCCAUGAGCACAGUUAGCUUCGAGGCAUUUCGGGAACAACAGGACCUUUUACAGGGUCUGAGGGAGUCCAUAGCAGAGCACAGACCCUUGAUUGCACGCCUAUGCUCUCUGGGGAAGCGCUUGUCAGAACUGAACCCCAUUCAGGGGGAAGAGUUCUGCCGGAAGGCGACGGAGGCCGAGGAGCAGCACAGAACCAUCAGAGACCGGGUCCGAGAGACCGCCGGUAUACUCGAGGAGUCGUUGCCUCGAUUUACGCAGCUGAAUGAGAGGAUGACCCUCAUCAGAGAGAGUCUGGACCGCCUGCGCAGUCGCAUACAGACUCACACCUCUCUUCAAGGCCUCACCCCGAGGAUCCAGGAGCAGCUGCAGGACAACAAACACACCCGGGCCGAGCUGUCCAAGCUGGAGCUGGACCUCGGCAGUGUGAAGACGCAGGCAGAUGAGCUGCUGGCCAACACGCAGGCGGCCGGCGAUGGAUCCGUCGGAAUGGCAAUCCAAGAGCGCGUGUCCAGCCUGUCUCAGCUGUGGGACGAGACGCACGCUCAGGCCCAGGAGAGGGAAAGCUGGCUGCUCCAACUCUUGGAUCUGGCCUUGAAGUUCUGGAGCAACAUCAGCGAUGUCGCGGCCGUUCUCAGUGACGCUCAGCAGGCGGUUUUGGAUCUCAACGCUAGUCGGACAGACUCGGAAACAAUCCGCCAGAGCCUCGAAACCAUGCAGACUCUCAGAGAGGAUAUUGACAGUGUACAGGGAGAUCUGGACACCCUGAGUGUGUUGGGGAUGGAUCUGAUGUCAUCGUGUGGCGAUAUAGACAAGCCAGAUGUCACGAAGAGCCUGGACGAACUUUAUUGCACGUGGAACAACUUGAGCAAACUGUGGAACGAAAGUCACAAAAAGCUGGAGGAGUCCUUGCAGAUGGCGCUACACUAUCAGGACACGAUGCAGGGUCUUUUUGAGUGGUUGAAGUCGGCUGAGCUGAGGUCGACCGAAGAGUUCAUGGUCGGAACUGACGUGGAAUCCGUCAAAGAGCAGCUUCGUGAUCUCAAGGAGUUUAAGCGAGAACUUUACCAGAAGAAAAUAGAGAUAGAAAGCCUGAACCAUCGCUUCGUGUGCCGGCUGUCUCCGGGCUCGGAGCGUCCGGGCUCCGUCUCACCGCUGUGUGACUUCAGGCAGCGCUGGGACAACCUGGAGUCAGAGACCGUCGGCAGACAGCAUCAGCUGGAGUGUGCUCUGCUGGGUUUGGGUCAGUUCCAAAACACACUGGAUGAGCUGCACACGUGGCUGUCCCGGACAGCUGAGCAACUGCAGGGCAGCCGGCCAAUCAGCAUCGACCUGCAGGCCUGUGAAAUAGAGCUGGCCAAACACAAGGUGUUGCGUAAUGACAUCAUGUCCCAUGUUCGCACCGUGAAGUCCCUGAACCAGGCCGGCAGGGGGCUGCUGGAGGUCGGGUCCGGGGACAGCCCGCACGGCCUGCAGUCUCAGCUGGAGGAACUCAACGACAGCUGGGAGUUUGUCCGCUGUGAGACGGAACGCAGGCAGCUGGAGUUAGAGAACAGGCUGAGUCAGGUACAAGAUGUUACGAUGGAGAUUCAGGAUCUCCUGCAGUGGCUGGAGAACACAGAUCUGAGACUGUCUUCCUCCAAAACCAUGUGGGGUAUGCCGGACUCCGCCAGUGAAAGGCUCAGUGUACAUUUGGAGUUGUGCGUCGAGAUGGAGUCGAAGCUCCACGCCUACACCGACGUGAAGAACGCCAUCCACAGGAUGCUGGAGACCAGCUACGUUGUGCGGGGAUCAAGCACCGAGCACAGCUUGUCCCUUCUGGAACAGAAAUGGGCCUCCGUUCACUGCAAAGUCCAGGAGCGAAAGGCGCGGCUUACAGAAGGACUGAGUCUGGCCAAGGAGUUCCACAGCAACGUCCAGGAACUCCUCACUAAAAUGAGCAAGUGUGAAGAGUCCAUUGGGUUUCUUCCUGCUCCCAGCUUUGCUCUGGAUAGAGUUUGUACUCAACUGCAGGAACACAGAACGCUGGUGAACGAGGUGAACGGUUACGGUGAGAAGAAGACCACCAUGGAGGGCACGGCUCGCCGACUAGUAGAACUGAGCAGGAAGGACGACUGCGAUGUCAUUCAUAACCUCAUCAUGACCGUCCAGGAUCGCCACAAAAAGCUCCAGCAGCGUGCCUCAGAGAGAGGCAGAGCGCUGGAGGAGGUCAAGAAGAGUGCCAGACAGUUUAAUGAGUCGUGGCGCCUGCUAGUGGACUGGAUGACGGAGGUAGAGCAGACGUUAGACAUGCAUAAAGAGAUCGCUGUGACCCACGAGGAGGUCAAACAACAGCUGACUGAGCAGAAGGGGUUCCAGAAAAUGCUUCGGUCCAAGAGGCCCAUGUACGAGGCGACAUCAAGGAGCGGACGCUGCCUUCACGAGCGAGCUCAAACCGGCCACGAUAGACAGCAUCUGGAGAAUCUCAUGGCUGAGCUCAAGGACACCUGGGACACCAUUAGUGGCAAGUCUAUGGAAAGACAACACAAGCUGGAGGAAGCGCUGCUCUUCUCGGGCAGAUUCACCGAUGCCCUCCAGGCGCUGAACGACUGGCUGUACAGAGCCGAGCCCCAACUAGCCGAGGACGUCCCCGUUGGUGGAGACAAAGACAUGGUCAACAACCUGAUCGACAAACACAAGGCCUUCCAGAAGGAGUUAGGGAAGCGGGCCGGAUGCAUCCGGACCCUGAAGCGCUCCGUGAGGGAUCUGACCAGGAGCAGCACGGCCGACGCUCACUGGCUGCAGGCGCAGAUGGACGAGCUGGAGGGCCGCUGGGAGGCCGUGUGCAAGCUGUCCGUCAGCAAGCAAGACCGGCUGGAGGUGGCAUUUCAGCAGGCUGAAAGGUUUGAUGGCCUUGUCCACUCUUUCAUGGAGCGCCUCACUGAGGCAGAGAGGACUCUGAAAUGUGGGGCGAUACCCGAGGAGGAGGAAGGUCUGCUUGCUUUCCGCAAACAACACGAGGUAUCAAUGGGUGCCUUGCAGACGCAGGCGGUGGAGUUGCAGAACAUCCAGUGUAUGGGUGAGGAGAUCCUGGCCUCCUGCCACCCAGAUUCCAUAAUCACCCUCAAGUCUUGGAUCAGUGUCACCAAGAUCCGCUUUGAGGAGGUUCAGACCUGGGCUCAGCAGCAGGGCCAGAAGGUCCAGGCCAGCCUGGCAGCACUGGAGUCGCAGAGAGAGGAAGUCCAGAGGCUACUGGACUGGAUCUCGUCAGCGGAGGAAGCCCUGAACCUCCGAGACCUAGAGCCUCCGCCUGAGACCACAGAGCAGAACCAAGAACUGAUUGAGCAGCACACAGUAUUCAUGGAGGAGUUGAAUAAAAAGUUCCCAGAGGUGGAACAUGCCACAAAGUCCUGCAAACACAAGAGCAUUCCCAAGCGGCAAGGUUCCCCCAGCAAGCGGCCACUCACCAAGAGGAGGAGCACUCUGAAGAUGCAGCCUGCUGUUCCUAUUCCCCUGGAGCACCUCGACCCCCAGACCCCAAAGCUCGGUCAGCUGGUCAGUCAGUGGCAGAAACUUUGGCUCCUGGCUGUGGCAAGACAAAUCGGCCUGGAGCAACAACAGCAAAAUCUCAAAGAGAUGGAAGAAUUUGCGAACUUCGACUUCAACCUUUGGCGAAAGCGUUACAUGGUGUGGAUUAGUCAUCUGAAGUCACGGAUCUUAGACGUGUUUCGCAACAUCGACAGGGACCAGGACGGACGCAUCAGCCAGAAGGAGUUAGUCGAUUAUGUCCUUGCCUCCAAAUUUCCCACCAACUCCCUCGAGAUGAACGCGGUGGCGAACAUCUUCGACGUGAACAGCGACGGCUUCAUCGACUAUUACGAGUUUGUGAGCGCCCUUCACCCGAGCAGAGAUCCCUACAGGAGAACGCUGGACGCCGAUCAAAUCAACGAGGAGGUGAGCCGACAGGUAUCGCAGUGUAACUGCCCCAAGAGGUUCGAAGUGGAGCAAAUAAGUGCCAAUAGGUACAGGUUUGGAGAUUCCCAACAGUUGCGGAUGGUUCGUAUCCUGCGUAGCACGUUGAUGGUGAGGGUGGGAGGAGGCUGGACGGCUCUAGAUGAGUUCCUGGUCAAGAAUGACCCCUGCAGAGUGAAAGGCAGGACCAACCUGAAGAUCAAGGAGAAGUACUUGUCUCCUACAGGAAGCACUUCUAAGGGCCUGACUGUCAGCAGGUCUAACUCCAGCCUCAGCCUCUACAGCAGCGCCUCCGCCCCCACCAGCCCCAUGACACGCAAGCACUACAGAUAA